UCAUGUGUUUUGCUUUGCGACUUGCGUGCGGCUUCGGUAAUAGACCAAAGGAAAAUAAAUAAAAUAAAAUAUAUUGUUAUAUGAAUUAUUUAUUUGAUCAUGGCUUCAUCUUUUCUGCGUCCCAACAUUAUAACGCGCCAUCUAAAACGGCCUUUUUACCAAAACAAACGUAACUCUGGAUAUGUGGUUCUAAUACCAGAGAUUGGUGAGGAUGCAGAGAGAAGUACUCUUUUAUCAGAAAACGGUUUGCCAGAAUUCAAUGAUUUUACUAUUGAAAAAUGCAUUGCCACCAUCAGCAAACAGAGCUUGGAAUAUGAAAAUGGAGUGAAGCAAAUAGAGGAGUCUUGUCUAAACUGCAAGAAUGCUUUUGUGGAAGUAUUUCAGCCGCUGGAAAAAUUAGAUAGCCAGUUAGAGCUGACAUGGGGUAUGGCCAAAACUUUGUAUUUAGGUAACAGUUGUCUUAUGCCAACUAAAUCAUACAUCCAGAUACAUGAGAGAGCACACAAAGCUAGAUCAACUAAGUUUAACAGUGUACCAAUAUACCAAGCUGCUGUUGAUGAAAAGAAUCGUUUGAAAAAACUAAGUGAUGAGGAACAGAGACUUUUAGAUAAAUACAUUCUAGAGGGCAAACUUAAUGGACUUGAUGUUAAAGGUUCUAAACGUGACAGACUUAACAAUAUCUUAAAUAAUUUACAAAAAGAAAAAAAUACAAUAAGACAAAAAGUUUCUGUUGCUACUAAAGUGUUUAGCAGUAUCAUAAACAAUGAAUUAGUAAUAAAAGAAUUUCCCGAAAGCCUUGCAAAAGCAAUGUCCAUUAAUCAUGAAGCAGACAAGGGUCCUUGGAAAUUGACAUUACAACCUCAUAUCUAUGAACCAUUUAUGCAAUAUUGCCCUGAUCGGAAUUUAAGAUGGAAUGCAUGGCAAGCACUAAUGCAACGUUGUUCAGGAUAUGUCAACAAGGAUUUGGAAACCAGUACCAACAUAGAAAAGUUAAGGGGUUACAGAGCAGAGCAAGCAGCUAUAUUAGGUUAUGAUUCAUUUGUGGACAUGAGCAUGGAAACAAAAAUGGCUGGAUCAUUAGAUAAUGUUGUAAACGUUCUUGACAGUCUUCUUACAAAAGCGCGGCCCAUGCAGGACAUUGAAUUAGAAGUUUUACAAGAUUAUGCUAAUGAAAGAGGUUUUGAUUCAAAGUUAGAACAUUGGGAUAUUCCAUACUGGCAAAGAAAGCAAAAGUGGUCCCUCUACAGUUUUGAUGAAAACAAAAUCCGAGAAUACUUUCCUCUACCCAAAGUGAUCAACAGUCUGUUUAAUUUGUGUAGUAACCUCUUUAAAAUACAAAUCGUUGAAAGAUCAGACACACAUACUUGGCAUAAAGAUGUUAAAUAUUACGACGUGUAUGAUGAAACUUAUAACAAACCUAUAGCUGGAUUCUAUCUAGAUCCGUAUGCGAGAGAAGAUGAAAAAAUUCGUGUGUAUGAUGACGCAGGGUGGCAUGUAUCGAUUCGUCAAAAAAAUGUCAUCACUUCGACACAACCUCUCACCGCUCUGAUCUUUAAUUUCCAACCCCCUGUUGAUGGGAAACAGUCGUUAUUAACCUUUAAGGAAGUGAGUGUGUUAUUCCACAGAUUUGGCCAUGCACUUCGACAUUUGCUUACAACUGCAAACUAUUCAGAAGUUGCUGGGUUGUCAAAUGUAGAGUGGGAUGCAGCUGAAGUGUGUGGCCAUGUGAUGACGCAUUGGCUUUACGAUCAACACACUAUCCAAUCGAUCAGCGGCCAUUACAAAACAGACGAACCGUUACCCGAAGAGAUCGUUACGAACUUGCAAAAUAUAAGGAGGCAUAUGGCUGGCUAUGAGUUGUGUAAAGAGAUGUACCUCUCGCGAUUGGAUUUGGAAUUGCACUCCAAAAAGACUUUCUGGAGAGAAGUAGUAACCGAGCUGUGGCCUAAAUAUAAUGCAUUGCCGUUUGAUAAAUACGACUCACACGUAUUGUCGUUUACGAAAAUAUUUUCGGAAGAAUGGGGAGCUGCUUAUUAUUGCCAUUUGUGGUCGAAAAUGAUCGCUGCUGACAUUUACAGUGCUUUUGACGAAGCGAGGGAGAGUAACCAGGAUAUUUUAACCAUAAGUCGCAGAUAUAGAGACACUUUCUUAGCAACUGGAGGCAGUUGUCACCCCAGCGAAGUCUUCAGGCGGUUCCGCGGCAGAGAUCCGUCGCCUCAUGCUUUAUUGAAAAAUCUUGGUCUCGCGAACAAGAUCGUAGAAGAAUAGAAUGACAUAGAAAAUUCAUAAUAGUGUAUUAUAAAUUUAUUCCUAUUAUUAUAGUGUUUAUGUAAAAA